AUGGGCUUGCGAGCUAGAAGAAAACGAGUUGUAUUGCCUAUGUAUAAGCCUACAGACCAUACUCCGUCGGUUUAUCAUGAUCGUUUUUCAAAUAGAUUGAUACCUGUAGGAUACUUUCUUAACAACCUUGAUGAAAUCGGACCAGCUCACUGGAAUAACCCUCAAACCGCUGAUUAUUCUUUAAAGAUAAUUAAACCUCAAGAGGUUGAUUAUUUUUGUAAUUACUUUAAUCAAAUUUGUCAAAGUAACAAUAUAUUAAAUAGAAAUUUAAACAGUUUAAAUUGUAUAGUUAGAAAUAAUUGGAUAACUAAUCAAAAUAUUUCACAACAAUAUGAAUGUCAAACUUCAGAAAAUUUUGAAUGGCAAGAACAACAUUUACCGGAUUGUCAAUCAACCUUACCUGUCGUUUGUAGUGACAAAUUUUGUUCAGCUGCUGAUGCUGCUGCUUUAACACUUUAUUUUAAUGCAGCAUUAAAUAAUUAUCAACAAAUGAUGAAUAAUUUUCAACAACUGGAAUUCCAUCUCCACCUUCGUCUCCAAUAG